AUGAAAGAUAAUUCUCUGAAUUCACCAAAACCAAAAAUGAAAUUAUCUCCCAGAAAAUCUGAAGAUCAAGUAGAGAAUUUGAAAAAUAUUUCGUUCGAAUCGGAUCACACCAAGCCACCAUCGAGUCUUUCACUAAGUCUCGGAAAUGGUGAGCGGAAAGCGGCUGUUAAAGGAUGGAGAGAUGGGCUGGGACUUCUAUAUCGUAUUGGGAACAAUAAACCCACAAUGACAUUUCGCUAUCGAUCGGAAUCGUCCAUUGCUCUUGACAUCGUCUUGUUCCUACCAUCUGCUGUAUCUGUGUAA